AUGUCGUUCUCUAGCCUUGUCCAAGACCUGUCCCUCCGCGACGCCAACGGUGCACGCCGACGAGGCCUGCCGCGCGGGGACUCGUCCGCCUCCACCAUUGACGAUGGUGCUUCGCGGACCUCGCACAUCUCGCGUGCCAUGUCAUAUGCUAGCACGGCGGCCACAAGCGUCAGCAUCUCGGGAGACAUCUCUAGCCAACUGCAUGGCGGCUACAGCCACCCGCUCGCCAGAUCUUGGCAGGCCGAGAGGCAACUCACCAAGUCCAUGCUUAUCUACCCAUUGUUCAUCUCCGAUAGCGACGACGAAGAAGUCCUCAUCCCUUCUCUUCCGGACCAAUACCGCCGCGGCAUCAACAAGGUAAUCCCAUUCCUUGAGCCUCUCGUGCACAAGGGUCUUCGUUCCGUCAUCCUCUUCGGCGUGCCCAUGCGUCCUGGAACCAAAGACGCUCUUGGCACAUCAGCCGACGACCCUCAGGGCCCCGUUAUGCGCAGCAUCCGCGCCAUCCGCCAGCGCUUCCCCCAGCUCUUCGUCGUUGCCGACGUUUGUCUGUGCGAGUACACAUCUCAUGGACACUGUGGCAUUCUGCGAGACGACGGUAGCCUAAACAACCAGCUGUCGGUUGAUCGUAUAUCCGACGUCGCCAUCGCUUACGCCCGGGCCGGUGCCCACUGCGUUGCCCCUUCCGACAUGAACGACGGUCGCAUCCGCGCCAUAAAGCUCAAACUGAUCGAGGAAGGGAUCGCUCACAACACCCUUCUUAUGUCUUAUGCCGCCAAGUUCUCGGGCUGUCUGUACGGGCCGUUCCGCGACGCCGCUGGCUCUGCUCCGAGCUUCGGCGACCGCAAGUGCUACCAGUUGCCCCAUGGCGGUCGCGGGCUUGCCCGCAGGGCCAUCAUCAGAGACAUCAACGAGGGUGCCGACGUGAUCAUGGUCAAGCCCGCCAGCCAGUACCUCGACAUCAUCAGCGACGCCAAGGACCUUGGUAAAGACCUCCCCAUAGCCGCCUACCAGGUAAGCGGCGAGUAUGCCAUGAUCCACGCCGCUGCAAAGGCUGGCGUUUUCGACCUGAAGACGAUGGCUUUUGAGUCAACAGAGGGUAUCCUGAGGGCCGGCGCAACCAUCGUGGUCAGCUACUUUACCCCUGACUUUCUCGACUGGCUUGACAGCUGA